CGACGCUGAGGAUUUCCCCUGAGACGAAGGAGAAAUCCUUACACUUUACCUUAACGUUUCAUCAGCAAUUGUGUACUAUACCGUGUGCUGUUCCACCCAGUAUUUACAUCCUGUAAGCGCCUGACCGGUACCAAGUAACUCCUCGCCCCGAUUCAGUUGCAGAGAAAUGCCCCUACAACUUACUGAAGGGAUGUCCAGCCGGAAGCGAAGACCUAACUGGACAGACCAGGAGUGUCUUCUUCUCGCACAGUUAAUGCAGGAGAGGAAAGGCAUAAUCAGAGGGAAGUGCAGCACUGGAGUUUCAACACAGGAUAAAAGACAAGCUUGGGAGGAAAUAGCCCAAGCCAUCAAUACUGCCUUUCCACACAUUCAGCGUACAGUUUCUGACUGUAACAAAAAGUGGGAAAAUCUUCUGGCAAAGUCAAGGGAGGAGAUCAAACGACAGAAAAGGCAAGCGGGUGCAGAAGGCCUGUCCCUUGAGCGGUUCAGUGCUGUGACUCAAUUAGUGAUUUCAGUGAUGAACCUCGCAGACGUGCUGCAACAGGACAGAGAAGACUCUUCAGUCUCAGAGUUGGUGGAAACUCAGCAAAGCAGCUGUGGUGAAGAUGGAAAGGACAACACAACAGAGGAAAGAUUGACAGACCUUGAUCUCCCUGCAUAUCCAGAUCCAUCCACUUCUCCAGCAAACCAAAAAAUGACCUUUACUGAUGUUCCUAAAUCCCUCACAGUACAGUUUGGCACUCACCGUGCUGCUGGCUGUACUGCUUCUGCAGCACGACUAGAUACUCCCAGCUCCGUUUCUCCACCAUCAGUACACUGCACAACUUUGCAAGAGCGAAUGGAUUUGGAAAUGUCUGUGCUGAGAAGACAAGAAGCCGUCCUCAAGCUGCAAGAGGAGUACUACAUGCUGAAAAUUAAACUGAUGAAGAAGCAAAUGGAGGAGCCAAAGGACUAAAGCAGUUGAGAAAAAUGACUUGUCGCAUCUGUUUGUGACUUGUGUCUGCCUGUGAAAUGUGACCAUUCAAUUCAACAGAUACUCAACCAGUAUUAUGAUUUGUUUGUGCUGAAGCUCAAAUCUUUUUUUGUAUUGCAAAGUGCAGUGAAACACUAAAGAUAGCACAUUUCACUUGACUAAGCCAUUUCUCCUCUAGGUCUCCUCUAGGCCUCAGUUAGCCUGUAGUGGUGCCUGGUGAGACAACUUAAUCCCUCACUGGAUUCCCACCUGAAAACAACAUCAAUUGUGGUCAAGACCACACAUGAUUUUAAAAUAUUGCUACUGUAUAUUAUGGCAGAUGAUAACUAUUAAUCAGAACAAACCAAAACCACAAAAGACUCUUGACACUUGUGCUAUUUAUGCUGCAGAGUUUGUUUGUCGUUGUGCUUUGUUAUACUUAUUACAUAUUGUUUUUUAAGUUAUUUAUACGGUACUGUAGUUGUUACCAUAGUGAACUAGUCAAUGUAGUUUACUCUUUCACACUUAGUCCCAUUACAAUAAGUGAAUAAGGUGCUUUUAAAGUUUUCGUAAAAAAAACAACAAACAAAAAGCAAUCGAGCAAUGUUUGUUUGUGUUGUUUAUUUGUUCUGAUGUACAUUAAUGCAAUUAUUGUACAGUUGUGCUUGUUGUGUAUGACAAUGAAAAUGAAGGAAUUCACAUAGUCUGGUGCCUUAUAACCAGUCAAGAGACGGAAAGAAAGACAAUUCAGUGCAAUAUGAUAAGAAGAUGAUAACUUAUGUCAAAGUUAUUAAUAUACAACAAAGAUAGUACAUUGACAAAAGCUCACAUAGCUAAAAAAAUAUUUUCCCAGGAGGUUGCAGUGUAAUAUGCAGUGUAGCUGGAAUAAUAUCUAUUAAAUUUCACAAGUUCUUGAAACCAGAUAUAUUCUUUGUAGAAAGUAUGAUUUAGUUUAGUUAUUUGGCAGGGAAGUCAAACUCGUGUGUAAUUUUUUUUUUUUUUUUUUUUUUUUUUACCGUGAAAAUUUCUCAUUAUGUGCUGAUUCAUGCCAUUUACGCCUAAGUGCGAAUUUGGAAGCUGUAAAUGUUUGACAUGUACCAAUAUACAUAUUUAUGGAAAUAGAACUUGGUCAUGCCAAUGUAAGUAAAGCUGCAAUAAUGUCCUGUCUAAAAAAUGUAGUAAUUUGUGCGUAAUAUUCCUCAUAAAUCCGUUUAUUUGUAAGUGACUGAGGUUGGCACCCCGAUGUAAGCAGAGGGGCCCAGAGUGUUGAAUAAAAGCCUGCUAUUUGC